GUAAUUGUGCACCUAAAUCAGCCAUGCAUUUUGGAGAUAAGGAAUAAAACCAGAGGCCUCCAAAAAACACUUAGGAUGCCAUAGCCAUGGCAUCUUUGAGCUUCACUACUGGUACAGCAAGAAACCCUAAACCCUACUCUGGAACCCCGAUUCUCUCCUCCAAAAUCCCAUUUCAAGGGUUUUGGUUGUGCCCCAGAACAAGGAGAGUCUGCCAUAGCUUAAAUACAGGCAGAGACCAGUUUGUUACUUCACCACUUGAUGAUCCCCAAUCUGUUUCCUUGGAUUUUACGGAUGAGGUAAGCUUUCUGGAUCCUGAUAUUGAUCCUGAAACUAUAACUGAAUGGGACCUUGAUUUUUGCUCAAGACCCAUUCUUGAUAUAAGGGGCAAGAAAUUGUGGGAGCUCGUGGUUUGUGAUGGGACGCUUUCACUUCAAUUCACAAAGUUUUUCCCUAACAAUGUCAUAAAUAGCAUUACACUUAGGGAUGCCAUUGUUUUGAUCUCUGAGACCUUGGGUGUUCCUUUACCAGAGAGGAUUCGUUUUUUCAGGUCCCAGAUGCAAACAAUCAUUGCAAGAGCAUGUAAAGAGCUUGGAAUUAAGCCGGUGCCUUCUAAAAGGUGUAUAUCAUUACUUCUAUGGCUUGAGGAGCGAUAUGAGACUGUGUACAUGCAACACCCUGGAUUCCAAAAAGGUUCUAAGCCUCUUUUGGCAUUAGAUAAGCCAUUCCCAAUGGACCUGCCUGAAAACCUUUUCGGGGAGAAGUGGGCUUUUGUCCAGUUACCGUUCUCAGCUGUUCAAGAGGAAAUCAUGACAUUAGAAAAAAGAUUUGCAUUUGGUGCUGGACUUGAUCUGGAUCUAUUAGGAAUUGACAUUGAAGAUAGCACAUUAGUGCCAGGACUUGCUGUUGCAUCUUCACGCUCCAAACCAUUGGCAGCUUGGAUGAACGGGUUGGAGGUUUGUUCGGUAGAGGCUGAUAUAGAUCGAGGGUGCUUGAUUCUCACAGUUGGGGUUUCCACUAGGUAUGUGUAUGCUUCUUAUAAGAAGAAUGCGGCCACAAGACAGGAAUCUGAAGCUUGGGAAGCAGCAAAGAGGGCUUGUGGAGGCCUACAUUUUCUUGCCAUUCAGGACAGUUUGGAUUCAGAAGAUUGUGUUGGGUUUUGGCUUUUGUUGGAAUUACCCCCUCCACCUCUAUAACAAUGUAAAAGAAAAGCAAACUUGCAUUUUUUGAGCGCUUAUGAGUUGUAAUCUGUUAAGUAUCAAAGGUAGGUCAAAAAUGAUAAAUGGUAAUAUCUUUCUUUCCUCACUC